UGAUCCCGGAGUCAUCAGGACGCGUGGCUGUGUUUCAAACACACUGGUAAAAAGUCAGGAUGAAGUGUGCAGCACGUGCCAAGGGCACUCGUUAACACACGUGCUAGGAUUGGAGCGCAGCCGCUGAACGUUGGGUGUAAAUACAGGAAGUGCAUGUGGCUGACUGGCAGACAAACAUCACAGAAUAAAGACUUGAUAUUAGAUAUUAGAGACAAAAUGCCACUCCUGAUUCAAAACAAACGAGUCGACCAUGUAAUAUCAACUGCUGAAUUGUUCUCCAAAUAUUCCCAUUUAAGGGACAACGCCAAAACAUUUCGCUCCAAACCGCUUGUGACAGUGGAUCCCGAGUGUCUCCUCUAUGUACAACAGCGUGAAUUUGCAGCCACAACGCCGACAGACGGCUCUGUUUCAGUUAUAGGCUCUGAUGAUGCAACAACGUGUCACUUACUAGUCCUGCGCCAUACAGGAAACGGAGCAACCUGUCUGGCUCACCUGGACGGCUCGAGCACGUGGUCUGAAGUUCCUCUCUUACUUAAUGCUGUCAUGGCAUUAAGCAACCCAGCUAAAGCAGGCAGGUUAGAGCUUCAUCUUGUUGGUGGGUUUGAUGACGACAACAAGACAUCACAUAAACUGAGCCGUGAAAUUUUGGCUGCGUUUCAGAAACAAAAGGAAGAAAUCCACCUAGAAACUUGCUGCAUUACUGAUAUGAAUGACGUUGUAAAAGACGGGAUUCACAGACCAGUUAUCUACGGAAUAGGUGUAAACGUUAAAACCGGUGAGGUUUUCCCAGCCACAUUUCCACACAAAGGACCUGCUGAGGACUUGAGGUCUGCACGUAGCUUCACAGGUGGACAGAUAGUCGAGGUAUAUGACAGUAGUAAAGGGCAGGUGAAGAUUGGGCCAUGCAGAUGGCCAGUGAAUACAGACAUUGCCUUCUGGUUGGAUGAAGAUGAUGAAAUAAUUUUGCAGUACCUGUCCACAUCGCCUUAUGCAGAGCCACCUCAUUUUGUCCAACACAUGAAGUCUACAAUCCGCUUCCUGCUGGAACACCCGAACGCCGAUGUUCUGUUUCCUGGAGGCCAGCCGCAGAUCUUCCAGCGAUCGGAGCAUGGACAGUGGGAAAGAGUCUGACUUUAAUAAUCAUCACUGCCCUUAACCAUCGACAACACUGUGACCCAACCAAAGGCCUUUACAGGAAACGACUAGUGGCUGUACAUGUUGCUGUUUCAUGCUAAUCCAUUUCUCUUAAGAUGAUCAGUUCAAUGGUGCUUGGUAGAAACUUUGAUUAGCAUAAAAGUAAAACUUUUACCUGGAGUGGAAAGAUGGAAUUAUCUUUAGUUAUGCAUCAAUCAACGUUUUAGAGACAGUACAGAGAUAAUAUGCCCCUUUAUGGACUCUUUAAGCUGGAGAUUGACCUUUUUUUAUACAGUGUAUAAUGUUGUACAGUAAUGAAAAAAAAUGUAUUAUGUAACAUAUAAGAUCAUAAAUAUGCUGUAUGGACGUUUGACUGGAGUGCUGCAUGAGAAAUGAAGAAAAAAUGCUGUAUAUCCUUCAUAAAUGCUGUUACCAAAACAAAGCAUAAUAAACAUUCAGCUUGA